AUGUCGGACAAGGUCGACUCGAGUUCUCUCACGUCCCUUUCCAACAUCAACCAGUACCCCAACUGGGCUGCGCAGAUGAAGGGCUAUCUAAUCAUGAUUGGAUCCUGGACCGUUACCAACUCGGCACCCGCUACUACGGCUACUACUGCAACGGCUGAAGAACUUAAGGAGCAUGACCUUAAGGUUCAACGGGCCCAGGGUAUCAUCAUGAUGAAGGUCGAUCGUUCACUCCAUUGUCUCCUCGAAGAUGAUGCUGGCAAUCUCAAGCAACCGCAUGCGAUGUGGAAGGCUCUCAAGGACACCUUUGGCACUCCUGACGCCGCUGCUGUCUGGUACAAGUUUGAAGGCCUUAUCGCUUUGGAUCGCAUGAAUGACCAGAAGCCCAUCCAGCACCAGUUUGACCAACUCGUCACUCGUCUCAAGGAGAUUAAGGAUAGCGGUCUUGCACUCCCUGAGAAGCUUCAGGCGAUGCUUGUCCUGUCCAAGAUCCCUGAGUCCUAUCGCAACCUGAUCUCUGGCCUCCUCACCUCGGUCGAGCUCAAAGACCUCAAGGUCGAUAGGGUUCGCGAGAAGACCCUCGCCUACGAGAACAUCCAGAAGACGGAAGUAUCCUGA